UUUUGCUCCUAUCGUGUGUCUGCUUAGCUGUUCAGACAGAGCAGCUACGCUCCACUUCAGUCCUUGUACAGAUUCUACAAACAGAUCGAGAAGUAUGGCGGUGAGAACUCGUUUGACAUGGAUGCAAGAAAAGAAUCUGCAAACUUAUUUUGGAGGAAAACAGUUUACCCUUCUCUAUAAAGCUAGUGUUCAUGAAUUCUCUGCAUAUGAUUUGUUUAAGAGAUGCUGUGAUCAAGGGCCGAUUGUGGUGGUGAUUUAUAAGGACCACUAUGUUGUUGGGGCAUAUAUGAAAACAAGUUGCAAGAAAGAGGAGAAAAUUCCCAUCGUCCUUUUUGCUCUUGAAGAGAAUACAAUUUCAGAAUGCAAAAUAAGCUCAUAUGUACCAACUGAAUUGUUUUAUGAUGGUAGUGGAAGAAGGAAUGACUUAGAAUUCCACAUAAAUAUGAGGAAACAAGUGAUGACUCUGAACUUAGAUACAAGUGAAAAACUUCGAUUACCUCAUAUGCAAGCUUCUCCCUUUCAGGAAUGUGAAGUUUUCCGAUGUGAAGAUUUGUUGGACAGAAGGACUCUGGAAGGAAUUAAUGAGCUCCACGAGAGCUUAUUGUCAGCCGUGAACACUUACAAACCACAUAAAAACCUCGUUCCCCAAGUGCGAAUUCUGCUGCUGGGUCCGACUAGAGCUGGGAAGUCUAGCUUUUUCAACUCAGUGAAGUCUGUUUUCCGAGGCCAUGUCACACACCAGGCUCUGGUGGGCUCUGAACCAACUGGGGUUUCUGACACGUACAGGACAUAUUCCAUUAAGGAUACGGUGGAUGGCAACUUCCUGCCUUUUAUUCUGUGUGACACAAUGGGCCUGCAUGAGAGAGGAAAAGGGCUGUGUGUGGAUGACAUAGCUUACAUCUUGAAAGGCCACAUUUCUGACAGAUACCAGUUUAACUCCAUGAAACCAAUCACACCAAGUCAUUGUAACUAUAUUCACUACCCGUUGCUGAAGGACAGAAUUCAUUGUGCGGCAUUUGUGCUUGAUAUCAACUCUGUUAAAUACAUCUCUCAUGAGAUGAUAGCAAAGAUCAAAGAAAUUCGAAGGCAAUUGAUAAAGUGUGGUAUGCCACAUGUGGUUUUGCUCACUCAUGUGGAUAGCAUGCAGCUGAUUACAAAAGGUGACCUUACAGACAUAUAUAGAUGUAUUCCUGUGAAGCACAAGUUAGAGGCAGUCCACAAAAAACUUGGAUUUGCUCUUUCUGAUAUGUUGGUGGUUAGUAAUUAUACCUCAGAGUGGGAGUUGGACCCUGUAAAAGAUGUUUUGAUCCUCUCUGCGCUAAGACAUAUGCUGUGGAUUUCAGAUGACUUCUUAGAAGAUUUGACCGCUCAAGGAAACAAGAAUUUAGUGGUGUAAACACUUGAAGAGAUUGGAGAAAAGGAAUUAUCAAGUAUGUAAAAGGAGGAAACAAAUACGUGAACCCUUCACAUACUAGUAAUUUUUAUCUCAUCAUUGAAGAGUGAAAAUUGAGAAAUUAGAAAAUACAGGAAAAAGAGAAAUAGAUGAAACAGAAGGGGCAUGUUUUAUUUAUGUCUGGGAUGAAGAUGCCCUACAAAAUCGUAAUACCUGCCAAUAACUAGGAGCAGCAAGAUUUAAAGCCAUUAAUUGUAAAAAAAAAAAAAGAUUGUGAUUUCUUUUGGAUUUAUUUUCUGUAUCUGUGGAAAAUGGAAGUUUCUUCUUGUAAAACUUGAGUUUAACUUCA